AUGAAUGAAAGCGUGCUGCUUGUGUGUGUGAGUCUUUGGCUGCUUGUAUCUGCGGCCAGAUGCCAGAACAGAAGACAGUCUGGAGAAACACCGAACAACCUCACCACAAAACAAGACAAUGCGUGUUCACUAGAGGUCGCCUUCAUCCUGGACAGCUCUGAGAGUGCCAAAGGUCUUCUGUUUUCCCGCCAGAAAGAGUUUGUGCGCAGCUUCAGUAGGCGGCUGAUGGAGAUGCAGGUGUCCGGCUGGCACCUGAGGACACGUUUGGCGCUUAUCUACUACAGCAGUUCAGUGCAUAUCAACCAACACUUCAAUGACUGGCAGGACCUCGACGUCUUUCUGGACCAACUGGAAGAUGCCAGCUACAUCGGCCAGGGCACGUACUCCACAUAUGCCAUUUCCAACGCCACACAACUUUUCAUCCGCGAGACCUCAGGGCAGAGUGUCAGAGUUUCACUGCUCAUGACCGAUGGCUCUGACCAUCCACGAAACCCUGACAUCAUGACGGUGGUCGCCGAAGCCAAAAGCCACAAUAUCAAGAUCUUUGCGAUAGGGCUGUCGAUGCGGGCGAUGGACAGCAACAGCGCUAAACUGAGGGCAGUGGCGAGCAGUCCAGCGCAGCAGUAUUUCCACAGCCUCACAGACCGUGGCCUGGAGGAACGGCUCCUGCAGCAGAUUUGUCCUCGUCCGUUGGUGUGCUUGUGUCAGAAAGGUGACCAAGGUUUGCCUGGAGCUCCUGGUAGAAAAGGAGAUCAAGGUUAUGAAGGAGCACCGGGUGCAAAAGGCUCAAGGGGGGAAACGGGAGCUCCGGGUCUUCCAGGAAUCAAUGGUCCAGAGGGGAGACCUGGUUUCAAAGGUGAUAAGGGGGAUCAAGGUAAUUGUGGACCACCAGGACAAAAAGGAUACAAGGGCACUGAAGGGCCUCCUGGGCCGAGGGGCCCGAGAGGAGAGCAGGGUCUGAAAGGAUCUCCAGGAGACCAGGGAAGCGAAGGUCAACCGGGACCUAAAGGGGAUCGGGGGCCGACUGGUGCAUCUGGUCUACCAGGAGAUAUUGGAGUUGGAUUCCCUGGUCCAAAGGGUGUCAAAGGAAACCCAGGAAGAGCUGGUCCUAUUGGUCAAGUUGGAAUAGGUCAGCCAGGACUACCUGGUCCACCAGGUUUACAAGGAAUACAGGGGAACCCAGGAGCUCCUGGAGAGGGACUUCCAGGAGAAAAGGGUGACCGUGGCUAUGCCGGCCCUACAGGUACACGAGGACCACCAGGUUAUGGAGUUAAAGGUGCAAAGGGUGAUGCAGGACCUCCAGGAUCACCUGGACCAUUAGGAAUGCCUGGCAGAGGAAUUCAAGGAGAGAAAGGGAAUCAAGGACCGGUUGGUCCUCCUGGUCAAAGAGGGAAUCCUGGGACAGGAUUCACAGGACCAAAGGGAGAACAGGGAUUUCCUGGAAAUCCUGGAGCCCCUGGGCAAAGAGGAACUGGAGAACCAGGACCAAAAGGUGAACCUGGUUUACGUGGUUUAGCAGGUGAUCCAGGUAUUCCAGGACAAGAUGGAGCAUCUGGACCCAAGGGUGAGAUAGGCCUACCAGGAGCUAAAGGACCAGAUGGACCCCCUGGAAGAGGCCUACCAGGAGAGAAGGGAGAUAGAGGAGAGAGGGGUUCCAGGGGUCAACCAGGACCAACGGGACCAGCUGGGGCAACAGGGGAAAAGGGAAACCCAGGAAAUGUUGGACCUCCAGGUGUUCCUGGGCCUUUAGGACGGGGUAUACCAGGAGCAAAGGGGGAUCUUGGGCCAGUUGGUCCACCAGGACCUGCUGGAGAACCAGGGAUUGGUAUUGCAGGGCCAAAGGGCGAAAUAGGAUUACCAGGAUCUUUUGGACCACCAGGGCUGAAGGGAGAAGGUUAUCCUGGCCCACCUGGGCCACCAGGCCUUCCGGGACUUACAGGGGAAAUUGGACCAGAGGGUAUUGGUUUACCAGGACCAAAGGGUGAACGAGGCCCUCAAGGCUCCCCCGGCCCAGCUGGAGCAACAGGUCUUGGGCAGAUGGGCCCAAAGGGCUCUAUUGGUCUAACAGGACCAGUUGGUCCUCCAGGAUUACCAGGAGAGGGCAUACAAGGACAAAAGGGUGAACCUGGAUAUCAGGGAUUACAGGGGCCAAGAGGCUUAACUGGAGAAGGCCUGCCAGGGCAGAAGGGUGAUCGUGGGUUUCAAGGAGCUCAAGGACGUAAAGGAGAAGAAGGACGCCAAGGGGAACCAGGACUAACAGGACCACCGGGUAAUGCAGGGAAAAAAGGAGAACCUGGUCUGACGAAAGAAGACAUAAUAUUUCUGAUCAGAUCCAUUUGUGGCUGUGGCCGGAUCUGCAGAGUGAAUCCUCUAGAGCUGGUGUUUGUGAUCGACAGCUCCGAGAGCGUCGGCCCGGAGAACUUUGAAGUCAUUAAAGACUUUGUAAAUACCUUAAUCGACCGCACAUCCGUCAGUCCAGAGGUCACCCGUGUAGGCAUCGUCCUCUACAGCAACAUUAACCUGCUGGUCACAAAUAUACAAGACAGGUUAACCCGGGAUGAAGUCAAAGCAGCCGUACGCAGGAUGCCCUACAUCGGGGAGGGAACUUACACAGGAAGUGGCAUCAGAAAAGCCAAUGAGAUGUUUGCUUUUGCUCGGCCUGGAGUGAGGAAAGUGGCAAUGGUCAUUACCGAUGGUCAGACGGAUCAUCGGGACACUGUGAAGCUGGAGGAUGCGGUCAGAGAAGCCCAUUUAGACAACAUCACCAUGUUCGCUAUAGGGGUGGUCAAUCAGAGUGACCCCAUUUAUGAUGAUUUUAAGCAGGAGCUGAAGUCAAUAGCUUCUCCACCCACUGAAGAACACAUGUUUUCUGUUGAGGACUUCAGAAUGCUGCAUGAAUUGCAAAGUAAACUGCUCCAAAAGGUGUGUGAGAACAUUGAUGGAUCAACCUUCAGUUCCAAGCCAGGUGCAUUUGAGGAGUCUGGCGUCUUCCCCUAUUAUGAUCCUGAAUCAGACAUUGUUGGCACCAUCAGACCGUAUUUGGAAAGAGAGGACCUGAUCCUGAACCUCCUCCCAGAUUUCCCAUCACGCAGAACGACUGACCCACCACUGAUCUUUCAGCAGGAUUUUACCGCAGAUGAGCGAUGUCUACAGCCGCUGGACCCCGGGCCAUGUCGAGAGUAUGUUGUUAAAUGGUAUUUUGAUCCAAAAGCCAAUUCUUGCGCUCAGUUCUGGUUUGGAGGCUGCAAAGGCAACAAAAACCAGUUUGACAGUGAACUGACCUGCAGAAAAACCUGUGUGAGACUGUGA